CAUGAGUUAAAGUGAAAGUAUUUUAUAUACGGAAAUGAAGAAAACAACUAGCAUUGCAAGGCAUUGUUCAAUGAAGCAGCUGGGCAAAAUAUGCAGAAGAACGUGUUGUGAAAGCAUCUUUGAGCAGCUAAACUGUGAUCAUGUCAUCACUUCAGGGCUUCUCUGUACAGUCAGAUCUCAGAAUUGUGAUCAUAGGAAAUGCUGGAGAUGAAAAGAAUAAAGUAGUAAAAUCAGUGCUGAACUGUGAGAAUCCGACAGGAGUGAAAGUUGGGCUCUGUACUUUACAUCAGUGUGAACAUGAAGGAAUAAGGAUCAGUGUUGUUGAAGCACCAGGAUGGGAUAAAGUCUCAACACAACAAACAGCAGAGAACAUGAAAGAAGUUAAAAGAAGCGUGUCACUUUGUUCUCCAGGACCUCACGUUUUUCUUCUGGUCAUUCCUGUGAAGAUCUCUAAAGAACCUUCUAUAAGUGAAAUUACAGCAGCACAGAUGCACAUGGAGUUGCUGUCGGAGCGCGUCUGGAAACACACUAUCCUGCUGUUUGCUUGUGAUGAAGGUGUGAGAGAUUUUAACAUCCAAAGAUACUUUCAGAAAGCAAAAACAAUCCUGGACAAGUGCGGAGGCAAAGCCUACGUUCUUGAGAGACGCAGUAAAAUCAGUGAGCUUUUUACAAAGAUAGAAGACCUGGUGGAGGAGAACCGUGGUGAUGUCUUCAAACCACAAGCUUACUAUGAACUGAUUCAGUGGGAGACAGGAAGUCUCUGGCACAGACGAGGAAGUUUACAGAAGAAUCCUCCGAACAUGGCCAAAGACACACUUUACCGCGUGGCCCUUCUUUUCAUACUCGUCACAUGUGUGAUGAUGAUGAUGUCUAUAUUCAGAGCGUCUUUCAGUGCAGUUCCAGUAACUGAACUUGGUUUGCACUGGGAUUUACCUGUAGUUUUGGGAGUUUGCGCUGCACUAAUUUUAAUCAUUCUAGCAGUUUUCCUGUUUGUUUUUCUGCAUUUAAAGUAUAACAAAAUUUAGAAAAAAUUACAUGCAACUUAAUCUGGACUAAAAACUUAAUCUGACAAAAAAGCAUAACACUUCAUAAACACUUCAUCAGCAAUGUAAACCUUUGAAUUAAAUAUACUUUACACAUUUGUAUACUGCAGUGUUGCAAGCAAAUAUAUGAAUUUAUUUGCAAGGUUUAUUGUAAAUAUAAAUGGUGUAGGGCUGUCACUAACUAUUAUUUUGGUAAUUGAGUAAUUGGUUGAUUAUUUUGAUGAUUAACUGAGUAAUCUGAUUUUGUUUGUGGUAAUAAAAUUAGACAUGUCCUCAUCAUCUGGGAGUUGCAACUGAAUUUACUUCAGUGUUGUGAUUUCCAAGUGAAACGAAAUAUUGAAUAGUUUUAUUUUAGCGCACCUCCUCCUCAUCCCUCGCUCAUAGCAGUUCUAUAUUCAACGAUGUUCAAUUUGUGGUUACAGCCUGUAUGGUACGGGUCAAACUGACCCUAAUUGAAUUCAAUGCAAUCCCCCAAAAAUCACACUUUGAAAAAAAACAAUCAGGUACAAAUAAUUAACUUUUAAUAUCAACACUUUUCACACAUUAUAAAGAAUAAAUAUCUGAAUUUAUGAUUUAUAAAAAUGUUUUUAAGUAUUAUUUUUAAGACUGCCCCUUCCCCUCUUAUGGGACACUUGCCAUUAUACAUUUAUAACAAUAAUAUAUUAGUCUAAACCUAAAGUAAUCAUGACAAACUAUAUAGCAUUUGAAAGCUUUCAGGCUUUAGUUGUCAUAUUUGGUGACUGAUUUUCAAAAGAAAUGAUAGAUCAAUCGAGAAAUAGCGAUAGAUUCUUCAUUUGUGAUGUGGUGCCAAACUACAACAAACUAUAACACACGAUUCUUUCCGUAUGUUUUAUAUAUAUGUUUUAGAGAUUGAAUUCAAAAUAAAUAUUAACAUCACUGAACAAACUUCUGCUGAAUAGGAUGUCUAAAUAUUGUGAAAAGUAUGGAAAUAUAUGGUUCAGAUCACUCAAACCAUAUAUGGAAAUCGAACAGUCCAAAUAUUGUCACCGGUGGAGUCUGGAUGUCAUCUAGUGGAAAAGUUUGGUACUGCGCACAGAAAAUCUUACUGAAAGCUCUUUUUUUGAGAUAUCAACCUAAAAUUUGGCACAGAACUUGUUCAGAUAUUCCGCUUUCAUUUUCUUGAGAUUUUAGAGUUAAAACAAAAAAUAUAUUUUGUAAUAUUUUGUAUAUUUUGUUUUGUAAAAUAUAUAUUUUUAUAUUUAUGUAUAUAUGUAUAUUUAUAUAUUUUAAAUUUUCAUAAACUUAAACUUUUAUAACUUUUUUAAAUUUUACUUUUACAACUUUUUUUUACUUCUGCAAUAAUCUAUGAAGUGUUCCCUUUAAAAAGAUACCAAACGUAAGUCUGUUAAGUAUUCAAGAUGUUUAACAACACAGAAGUGUUUUGUAUUUUGGGUCUGUAGUUGCUUUUGAACAGAGCUCUAUAUGGGUCAAAUUGACCCACAAACAUUACAAAUGUAAUAGUGAUUUUGUGUGUUGUUUAAAAUAGAGUACUCAAAUUUAUUUAAGGAAUCAUGACAGCACUAAAACAAUGUGUGCUGUUGAGCUGUUUACGUCUGUGUAAAAGGGCAGCUACAACAGACUGAACAUGUAAUUGCUGCUGAUAUAUAUGUUUACUUACAGACAAUAUGAAGUUUUGUGGUUUACUGCAAGACAUUCCUGUAUCAGUACAGCAUGACGUUAGCAAUGCCAAGGUGAUUGAGCAUGUAUGAACUGAACGAAUGUAUCUCUUGUACUGCAAGUCACUUUGAAGUGUCAUGAUACCAAAUGUAUAAAUGUAAAAUAAAGUACCAGCUGUAGUUGAUGCAUGUUGUAUAUGGGGAAAAUGUACAUUUUAGGUGUUGUAACCAUUUACUUUUGAUAUUGUUUCAAUCUCCUCCUUGCCUUUUUAAAAGUACCAUGCUGUAUGAUCCUUAAAGGGUUAAUUUACCUAAAAAUGAAAUUUCUGUCAUUAAUUAUUCACCCUCAUGUCGUUCCACACCCGUAAGACCUUCGUUCAUCUUCAGAACACAAAUUAAGAUAUUUUUGAUAAAAUCCGAUGGCUCAGUGAGGCCUGCAUUGACAGCAAGACAAUUAACACUUUCAAUGCCCAGAAAGCUACUAAAGACAUAUUUAAAACAGUUCAUGUGACUACAGUGGUUCAACCUUAAUGUUAUGAAGC